AUGGCUUUGAUUGACAUUUUCAACUAUGCCAAGUGUAAUUUCAAUUCUCGGAGUGCUGUAGAAGGUGAACAGAUUUUAAAGGGGCAACAAAUUAUCCUUUGCGGAAAGAUUGAAAUGGAAUCUGUCAUCCAAAUUAAAGACUUGGUUGUACAAACUUCACACAUUAGCGAAAUGCCGCACGAAGUUAAUGGCGAACUUACUAAUCCACGAUGUAGAAUAGUAAAUUUUACUUGUAGUUGUAAGGCUGGAGCUUCUAGAUGUUGUAAACAUGUGGUGGCAAUACAUUUAUUCCUGAAUAGAAAUUUAAUUUCUGAUGUGGAAAUUUUAUCUUCAACUGACAUAAAAUGCCUAUGGACCAAACUGAAAGAGCCUACUUUGGCUCAGUACAAGCCAAAGCCAAUUGAUACAUUUGAUUGUCACAAACAAACACAUGCAACUGCAAGUAUCAAUUUAGGAACUGACAUUUGCUGA